UUGAUUCCUUCCAUCUCCCAUCGCUGUCCUCUGUACCCCCUUCAGCCUUUCACCUGCCUCCACAUCCCCCUGUGCCCCAACCCCUAAAUCUGCCUCCUGCUCCCCCUCAUUCUCUCCAUCCCUAGACAGUGCCCUGUCUAGCUCCCUGGACAACAGAGUGGCAGCAAUUUUGUCUGUGGGCCUGGCUUCAGUCUCACUGAAAACAGUGGGAGACGGCUUUUGAAAAUGCCACUAGGUGCCUAUCUGCAUCUUCAGGCACCAAAAUACCUUUAAGAAUCUGCCCCUAACUGCCCAAGUAUCUGAGUGAUCUGAUCACCCUUUCCCUCUGAAGCUAUGUUAAACCUACUGCUGUCUUUCUCUCUUUAGACUGUGAGCUCAGUGGGACAGGGGCUGUCUUGAUGUGUCAGUACAGUGGCUGGAUGCUACCCACCACAAUAACCACGACCAUGUAUAGUGACAGAGAUGAAAGUGCUAACCUGCCCAUGCAGGGGGGCAAUCUCAGUGCUGUGUGUGACAAUGGGGAAGGAGAGGUCAUUGUCUUUUGCUUUCACUCCCUCUCCCUUCAGACUCUGUCAGAUAUGGUGAAUUGCAACACGCUCUCAGUGACAAAGAUGACUAGGAAGGUCCUGCCCCAGAUGCUCACCAGGAAGAAGGGGAUCAUCAUUAACCUGUCCUCUGCAGCGGGCCACCACCCCCAACCACUGGUCACAGUGUACAGUGCUACCAAG